AUGGCAGAAAAGCGCCCUCAUGAUAAUGAAGAUGCCAGUGACAGCAAACACGCUAUGCCCUACCAGAAAGCUUCAACAGUGAAGCUUAAACGUCCAAGACGGAACAUACCCCUGCCAGGGACGUCCUCAUCCCCACUAGUUGAUGCACUUCGCCUCGCCAGACAAAUACCAGCUACACCAAACGAAACCCCGAAGAAACUUUCGAGUCUCAACCUCCUCUCCAGUGGUGAAACAGCCCAAGUCAAUAGUGAGAGCUCAGGGCUUCAGCCUAAGCCUUUGGAAAAGUUAGACACAGUGGUUAAAGAUUUCUUUCGCGAUGGUCCUGUUGUUGCGUCUGUUAAAUUCUAUGGUCUUCAGAAAUGUGUGCGGGCAGGACGAACACGGAUUCAACAGUGUCACUUAGCUCCUUUGGUCAUGACACCACUCAUUGCCUGCUCGAUACCGUGGAACUCCUGCAAGCUCGCUGCCACCCUUGUCCUUCUACUUGCCUCGCCUCCAGAACCUACGUCUACGUUCGAGGCUCUCAAGUUUCUAUCUAGAUCUCUAGGCGGGCUUCCCACGAUGGCAGACGUUCUCAAAACUCCAUCAGCUGACCUCGCGAAACGGUUUGUGCAGGCGAAAAAAGCAGCGAUUGAUGGGAAGGAGGACAAGGUGACAGUGCUAGGGGUCAACCUUGUUGAUGUGGAGAUGCUUAAGGGUGGUGAAAAGGAGAGCCGCGAUAUGAACUACUUGUCAUUGUCGCAUUCUUUUGUUAUAGCUAUAGCAAGAGAGGGCUUUCGCAUUUACCAAUCAUGGGAAGAGCAUGGAUAUCGUCUGGAUCAGUAUGUGAUGAGAGGAGGUUCUAGACUUCGGUCCUGGGAGGAUGCAACGGCUUUCCUUAAGAUGUUUCAGAAGCUUUGUCGCUUUCAGGAAACCUGGACAGGUGAACUGAAUGUUGCCUAUGAACAGUGUUUUGGGGUGGAUAUCAUGUUGAUAUGUGGUCGAGACAAGCUGCAGCCUCCUACUGUCCGACCCUAUCGGCCUUGGGUGAGAAUAUUUGAGAUCAAUGACGUGAAGACGGAGAACUUUGAAAAGUUUACUUGGGAAGGAUACGUUCAAGGAAUGGAGGCGUUGCACUCUCGGAGCCAGAGUGGUUUCUCUAGGGAAUGGGUCGGAAGAGCAGACUGGACCUGA